ACAUUUCGUUUAUAGUUACGCGCCGCAUGAUUUUGAACUACACAGAACGAGUUUGGCAGCAUUGCAUAAAAUGUAAUGCACGCUAUUCCGAAGGGUUGUUGACAGAUUUGUGUUGAGAUGCGAAAUUUAUUAUUAAUUCAAGAAACGACAUAAUAUGUAUAGAAGUAACCAGUUAAAUCGUAGAAAGUGGUAUUAAGCAUGCAAAAUUACUUUAAUUUAUCUUGCGUAGUGCUUCUGUGUUGUAUUCCGCAGUGACCGCGUUCAGUUUUGUGUGUGCGACUUCUUGCGAUAAAAGCAUAUCCCGCGUGCUUGAUGCUGUUACACAGAGUUCGCACCUUAUACAAACGAAGGAAACCAACGUAAAUACAUGACAGCUGGUUGACAGAUGCCAACGAGAAGUUUCCCGCAAAUUGUUAUAAUAAUAUGUACUCAAAAGCUGUGAAAGUUUCUUCUGAGACCAGAAUACACUUUCGACAAACCUCUAUUUCUCUUUCCGAAGCAGCAAACAAGCAAAUUACCGGUGGCAAAACAAAUAGAGAUUCCACAGGUGAUUUGAGAUGCUUUAUAUGCGACGGAAAAAUUACGGGAACCUGCUUCCCGCUUGUCGUUGGCGUAACGCCAUACAGUAAAACAGACAUACCAACAAAAAUAGGCCAGUUAAUGGGAGAAGGUUUUAUGGUAGUUGUGUCUGAAGACGAUAAUUUAUGUAAGAGAUGUACGUCACUGUUGUAUCAACUUGACAGAUUAGAAGUGGAUCUGAAUUUAGUAAAAGAUGCAUUAACGAAUUACCUAAAACUGAAGUAUCAGUUAAAUGAAGAGGAUCAUGAAAUAGCAACUAGCAGAGAUGACUCAAGUUUUCUACUUUACAAUGAGGAAGAGAAUGGAAAUGACAAAUCUAGUUGCAAGAAGUUGUGUGGCAAGGAAGGAGAGGUUGCAGCAGAUGAGGAAUUUAAGGAUGGAUGUGAGAAUAUUCCAGGAAUUUUAAGCAGUGCAACAAAGAGUCCCAAAAAGAUAAAUGCUGAAAUAAUACUGGAUGAAAGACAUGGUAAGAGGAGGAAGAAGAAAAGGAGAACUACAGAUGCAUUGGGUGUUUUAAAUGGCCAGUCAUCCUCCACAAAUAAGGAAUACAAAUGCAGUUUAUGUGAACAGAAAACGCCUGAUAUCUCUGUGUAUAAAGCCCAUUCUUGCAAUAAGUAUGAGGGUAUCAAAUGUGAAAAUGAUUUUCCAAGUUCUCAAGGAACCCAGAAACAAAUAAAAAAUAUUCAUUCAACAGAGUGGCUGUGCCAUGUCUGUGACAUGAUUUUUGAAGAAGAAAACAUGCUUGCAUCACAUAUACAAACUAGCUCUCAUAAUGAUAUGGUACACCAUAAGCUGCAGAGUGGGCAGCCUGGUAACAAGAAAACAAGUAUUUUCAUUUCUGGAGAAUACACCUGCAGCAUUUGCAACUUUAAAACAGGAAGCAUAGCGACUUACAGAGACCAUCAGCAGUUUCAUUUUCAAAAUCCCUCAGAAUACGAGUCAUCAUGUAAAAGCUUUCUAAAGCGAGCAUAUGGCCAAAAAUCGAAUUCCUACAAAACAGACGAUCAUUUUGUGGACAGUACAGAGAAAGGAAGUGAACAGAGACUAAUCCAGGAAGAGCUCACCUGUAAUUUACAAAAUGGUAUUACAAAGGAUGGCUUUAAUAUUCUGAAGACAGAAGACAAGGUGACUGUUGACACUAAUUAUAAAAUGACUGAAAAUCAGAAGUUAGCUACUGAGGAUAGAAUUCCCAACACAGAACAUUAUUUCUGCAGUUCUUGUUCUUUAGUGUUUCCCUCAGAUAGGUUACUACAGCACCAUAAAAAAGUACAUCAUACACUACCAUCAUUAAGGAAAGACACAUUACCUACUACAGAAAUAACCAGUCAUAAUUUUUGUGAUUUACAGCAGAAAGGUUGCUUGGACAGUAAUAAGUCUUCCAACCAGUGUAUGAACAAUGAAAAUUUUAUGAACUUGUUUAAAAAAGUAAGCACUCAAUUUAUGCAAGUUCCUAAUAGAAAUAACAAUAACUUAAAUGGCACAGAGUUAGCUAUUGAAAACGUAUCAGGAAGAGUGACUUCCAAUUCCACUACAUGUACAAAAAAUGACUGUGAUUCUAGCCAGCAUGCUGAUGGUGAAAUAGAUUAUACAAUUUCUGGGAAAAAUGAACAGCAGUCUGCAACAACUCAGAACUCAACUUUUGAAAACUCUAGUGAAUCCUUAGUAACAACACAUAGGUCACAUUCAUCUGAAGCAACCCAAGUAAAUAACAGUAUUCCAUGUAAUUUUCCAAUUAAUAAAUUUAUGGAAAAUGCUAGGACUGACUCAGCUGUAAAACAAAAGGGAAAUUCUGAGAAAAAUGUUAGUUCUAAUUCAAGCCAUGAAUAUUUAUUAGGUGCACCAUACAGAGAUAUUCAGAAAAGUGAACUUGUGUCAAAAAAUGGAACUGCACAGUGUGAAAUUUGUGGCAAAUUCUUUUCUAGCUACAGUAAAAUGUUGUACCAUAGAGAUAUAUGUUCAAAGAAUUUAAGCUGUAAGUUAUGCAAUAAGCAUUUUCUAAAUAUGAAUGAUCUACAUAAACAUAAUAGUGAAAAACAUCAAACACACAAAAUGCAUCAUAAUUGUAUGCACUGUUCAGCAUCAUUUUUGACAAAGGAACUUUGUCUGACACAUGAAGAAAAUUGUGUUUUUGUGCCCUAUUGUGAUGAAUGUGGAGAAAAAUUUUCUGAAGUUGAUCAGCUGCGGUCUCACAAGGAUACAACUCAUAGAGAUCCUCACUGUCGCUAUUGUGGUAAGGAAAUACUUAAAUUAAAAACAUUACGAUAUCAUGAAUUGAGGCAUAUGAAAAAGACUGCAGAAAAGUUUGAAUGCAGUGAAUGUGAAAAAGUAUUUAAAACAAAAACUGGCCUGCGACAUCAUUUUGCACUACAUACUGGCCAAUACAAAUUUUGCUGUGAUUAUUGUGGCAGAGGUUUCAUGUCAAGAAUGAUGAUGGAAGAACACAGAAGUAAGCAUACAAAGGAGGAACGUUACAUAUGUGAUGUCUGUGGUCGUAAGUUUUGUUUCCAGAGUACAUAUUGGAUUCAUCGAAAAUGGCAUGACAACCCAUUCCCAUACAAAUGUAAUUUUUGUGGUCGUAAAUUUCGACACUCUUCAUUGUUAGCAGUGCACAAACGUAAACAUACUGGAGAGCGACCCUACAAAUGCCCUCACUGUCCUCUUACUUUUCCUGUUGGAGGCACAUUGAAACGCCAUAUCAUUCUGCACACAAGAGUUUACCCAUAUAAUUGUGAAGUCUGUAAGCGUGGUUUUACAACUCGUCACAAAUUUGCUAUUCAUCUUUCUAAAAUUCAUGGUGACAGUAAAAUGCUAAAUGAAAAAGCACGACCAAAUGAGUUUAAAAUGGUCAUUAGAGAUAAUGAAGCAGUGAAGAAGCAAGAUAAUGUGGAGCCAUCAGCUGAAUGGCAGAACCCUGACGAUUCUGAGCAAGUUGAUAUGAACUUUAGAUUAGGAAGUUCAGCAGGCGGUGUGGAUAAUUUUGACCACUUGGAGGGAGCAAUGUCAUGCUCCCUGGUUCCAGAUGAACUUUUAGUUGGAAAUGCUUUUGCAACCAGAGUCGUUGAGAUAGUUCUUGAUGACACUUCUCAAGCUGUUGCUGCAGUGACUGUUGCAGAUCCUGAAGCAAAUAAUCUUCCUGAUCUGUGUGAAUGGACACAGAAAUCUGGUGUAAUGGAUAUUAAUGUGGACAAUGGAGAAUGGGAAUUAAAACUGCUAAGAGAUGAGCUGGGGACUACGUGGCUGCAAAUAAGGCAUGAGCUGCUGAGACAGGUGAAUGGAACAAUAGAUUUUACCUAUAGUAGACAUGUGUUUACGAAAGACGAAGGUCCUACAACAGUCAAUUUAGUACAUAAGCAAGACCUACAUGGGCACUGUUGCAACAAACAAUCAACAGACAAUGUGCGCUUUGGGUAUCGUGCUGAUGGCUGGGAAGAAGUGAAUGGAGAGUGGAGUUUCAUCAGUCAAAUUCUCCGUCCGAGAAGUGACAAGGAUUCCCUGUAUGGGAACCAGCAUCGGGAGGCCGACUCUGCCGGCUUCUACUUAGUAAUAUCCGCAUUGGGGAUGUUACUUUGCAAGUUACUGUGCGUUACUGUGAAUGGAGAAAUGGGAAGUGACAGUGAAUAUGAAAACACAAGCACGAAACUUUCGUACACGCUGGAGAAAAAACGUCUAAAAAGAGGUGAAAUCUCGAAGACAGGACGGCCUGUCCAUCGACAACAAAAAUUUCCUGAUGAGUGGCUACAUAUGCCAGGUUCACGUAAUUGGCUGGCAGCUUCGUGCCAGAUCAAAUUACUGUAUGAUAUGGAAGAGGAAGUGCUGUCCAAACUAGCGGCACUCAAACUUACAAAUGCUGUCACAAACACCUUAUCUGCAGCGGCGGGGGAGACCUCUACAGAGGCGCAGGAAAUCUCAACGAGGGCGGUGCUCACCCAACUGGCAGUAGGAGACACUCCGUUGGCGGUGGGGGAUCUUUCAUUGGGAGCAGAGAAAAAAAUAGUUCGAUAUCAGAUAGCAGCAGUAGUGGGAUACCCUUUGCUGGCAACUGUUGACUCAGCCACACCAGUUACUACUGUGGAGAGCGAUACACUGCACCAAAAAAGACCUGCAAGACUCGGACUCGGAUGUCAUUUGAGAAGUAAAGGAAAGCAUCCCGAUUGUGUUUCUGCUCAAUUGGCGAUGGUGGAAGAAAAUGGUAACGUUGUUGGAAAACCAUCCACAGAAGUACCAAGGAAAAGUAAAUGUUUCAUUUGCGAUGUGAUUAUUUCUGAUGGCGGUGUCUGGUUAAUGGAAUUACUGUCUGUCAACGCUAAUCUCCUGGAAAACAUUGGCAGUCUUAUGGGCGACGGUGCUUUUGUUAUUGUAUCAUGGAAUGACAUUGUGUGCAACGCAUGCUCUUUGUUGCUGAAGUAUUUUACAAAGUUAGAAAGAGAUCUUAUGAUUUUGAAAAAGGUUUUGCGCUAUUACCUUAAGGUUAAGUACCGCUUAGAAGACGAUGGGUUGGACAAGAAUACUACGAUUAGCCGGCAAGAUAUUGACUAUAUUGCUGAAUGCUCAUCCCAGGUACUCAGUGCUUCAGAUACAGAAGGAUCACAACUGUCAUAUACACCACAAAAACUGGAUCUGGCUUUGUUUCAGAAGAGCCACUGUGAUAAAACAGAGAUAGUGCCUCGGAAUAAAACAGCAGAGGUGUCAAACAGUGACACUGUGAGUGGUUUAAAUCGGAAAGAGACAAAUAUAUUUAAAAAGGAAAAACUGCAAACACGUAAUGUGGCUGCACAAGAAAGGUGUCAUUUUGAAAAUUACCAUUCAACAUCAGAACAUUGCAAGAACAAUGAAGCCCAUGAGAAGCAACUGGAACAUACUAUAGAUGCAGAUGUUUGUGUCUCCACUACAGACAACAUGGGGUGUGCAUUAAAUGUGGAAGACCAUCAUAGUAAAAGACAAAAAUGCUUUAUGUCACACUCUUUGAGGAAUGGAAAUAAUGACACUAAAUUACCAGAUCAGCAUGACGAAUCACAUAGUUUGUUAUUUAAGGAAAAGCAUAAAUGUCCUCCAGGAAAAAAUGACAAUACAAUCUCAGUAGAAAAUUCAGAUGGAAAAAUGAAGAAUGUCAUAUCCAUAACUUUAAGCUCUGACAGUGAACAGGAAUUUGCAGAAGAUCAAUGCACACAGUCCUCCACUAGAGAUCACAUGCCACAACUUCCAUUUAUGAAGUCUCCUGUGUACAGAAUGUUGAGAAAAAAUAGUAACUCAGUGACUACUCAAGAAAAUAAACAGGUUUCAGAGGAAAAAAAUGAAACUGACACAUUUGAAGAAAAUAGAAAAGUAAUUAACCAGAGCAUUUUUUCUGAAGAUAUUAUCGUUCAUGAUAACACAAAGCCUGAGAAAUCAGGCCUUAAACCUUUAGCAAAAGAGACUGGGAAAAUUAUUUUCAAUAAGGGAUAUGUUGUGGCAAGUAACUCAAUUGCCAACAUAUGCACAAAAACACUGGAGAAUUUAAUUCAAAAAGAGUUACCCAAAUGUACUGAAAGCAGUGUCAGGAGUCCGCCUCACUCUGUAGUUACAAACGAAGAGCAGUCUACACGCACAGAGGGUUUAGAUUCUUCAGAUCAAAUGCUUUAUUUGUCACAAAAGACAUUUAAGAGGCCUGAGAAGGGCACAUGUGGGUCACUGGGCUCUGAGAAUGUCCUGAAAAGUAUUGAAGAUAAUCGAAUGAUGCUUCAUAAUCCUCAGAAUGAAUGGGCUGGUGGCCUAGAAAUUGGCUUAGAUGACGAUAUGCCGCACAUUGUUCUUGGAGAUGAAAUGGUUGUUGAUGGGUCAACAUGUGAAGAAAUUGCUUUUGAAGAAAUCCAUGAUACAUCUACACAUAAUAAUGAAAAAAAUUAUAGUAUUCAAAGAGAAAUUGCCGAGAGUAAUAUUUCGAAGAUUGAAAAUUUAAAUGCCCUUUGCUCUGGAGAUGCAGAAAUAGAUUUCAUAGAGUCAACUGCUACUGAAGAAACUGCCAUUAGAACAGGCCAUGAAGAAAAUGCAAACAAAGCAACACAGUUGGUUUCAGACACCAGUCGCAGUGGAAAUCAGAGCGCAGCUUCAGAAAAUAGUAGUAUGAAUAAUGAAAGAACUAUUUUGAGAUCUUGUGAUGUUAAAACUCGAGCAUCACUGCUUUUUCAAGAAAAUGUUAGUCACUUGCCAGCAUGUGAAAAACUUUUUGAGUGCCACAUAUGUAAUAGGAUUUUAACAACGCAAAGUAAUUUGAAACGACAUUUGUUAAAGCAUGAGAAGUGUACAGUAGGAUCAAUUAUCUGUGAACUUUGCAAUGAACAACUUGUUGACAGGGUACAUUUGAAACAACAUUUAAAAGUCCAGCAUCAACAAUAUGUAAAAUGUGCAUUUUGUGAUAAAGAAUUUUCAAAUAUGAAAUUGUGUAGAGAUCAUGAACUGACUCAUCCUGAAAGGGCAACGUAUAAAUGUGACAUUUGUAAUCAAAUGUUUGUCACUGAGGGUCGGCUUAAAAACCACAAAGAAUUGAUUCACGAUGAUCAGUGUGACACCUUCAGAGAUAAUGAUUUUUUCAAGUGCCACAUAUGUUUUAAAACCCUGAGGACACAUCACAAUCUUAAGAGACAUCUUACAAACCAUGAAAAACCUCCAGUAUCUGUGUCAUCUGUGUCAUGUAAUCUUUGUCAAGAAGUUUUCACAGAUAAAUCUAAAUUAUACCAGCACAGGGAAGAGAAACAUCCUAAGAAACACAACUGCACAUUUUGCAACAAAGAAUUUCUGAGCUUGAGAAGCUGCAGGAUACAUGAAUCAUUGCACCCAGAGCGAGUAGUUUACAAAUGUAAUAUAUGUGAAACUGUUUUUCUCACGGAAUUACGGUUGAAUAGACACAAAGAUAUAUAUCAUAGGGAACCAUACUGCCGGAUCUGUCGCAAGGAAAUAACUGAUCGUUCAAAACUUAUUGAACAUGAAAGACGACAUGGGCGCUUUAAACAAGUUUUUAUGUGCAAGGAAUGUCCUAAAGUAUUCAGGACAGCAUCAGGGUUGAAGUACCACAUGUCUGUUCAUACGGGAAAGUAUGCAGUUUAUUGUGAAAUAUGUGGUAAAGGUCUUCAUUCUGAAGUUGUAUUAGCAGAACAUAAAGCAACUCACACAAAAGAAGUGCGGUACACAUGUGAACUAUGUGGCAGAACCUUCUCCUCUAAUAGUACUUAUAGAAUGCACCGUCUCUGGCAUGAUAAUCCUUUGCCUUAUCAGUGUAAUUUCUGUGACAAAAAAUUUAAACAUACUUCUAUUUUGGCGGUGCACAAGAGACGGGUCCAUACUGGUGAACGCCCAUACAAAUGUAAGUACUGUAACAUGGCUUUCAGUGUCAGCAGCACGCUCAACAAGCACUUAAUUCUGCACACAAAACAGUAUCCAUUUAAAUGUGAACAAUGCAAUAAGGGAUUUACAACACGUACUAAAAUAGCGAAUCAUCUUGCAAAAGUCCACAAUGAUGAUAGCAUGUUAAUUGCUGGCAAGAAGGUUUGUGAGUAUAAAAUGGCAUUGAGGCCUAGUGAAAUGGCUGAUGUAGAAUCUUUACAUGAAUUUCCAACAGAUGAAACAGAUGAAAUGGAUUUGUAGGAAAAACAUCAGUCAGUGAAAGUUGUGACCAAUUAUCAGAAUUACAGUGGCCCACAGUGAAAUAUAUUUUCUCAUUGCUAUGGUGUAUAAACUAGGAGCUGAAGAAGAAAAUAUAAAUAAAUACUGAUGAGUUAACUAAAUUCUUAAGAAUGUAUAUGGACAAAUUCUAUCAUUUGAGGAGAUGGAAAUUAAAAAUAACCAAACUUAGGUCCAUGUACAAAGUGUUACUUGCAGAGAAAAUGGGAGGAAGUAUAGUGUUAUUGGUUUUUUUAACAGUUAUAACUAUGUACAGAUAAAAUUGUCUCUGAUUGUCCUGAGAAUCUCAUCUCUUAUUUUUAAAUGAGUGGUUCUGAAGUGCACAAUACUUAAACAUUCCACCAAUGUUUUGUAGUGGGACUAAAAGACGCUUGUGUGAUACAUUUGUGUGUGUGUGUGUGUGUGUGUGUGUGUGUGUGUGUGUGUGUGUGUGUGUGUUCGCUGAGCUUUUCCAGAAAAGUGCUUAUACAACAGAAUUGUGUAGUAUACUGUAAUAUUUCUCGUAGUUUGAAUAUUUUUGUGGGAAAAAGUUAUUUUUUGUGGACUUAUAAGACCUUGUUGAAAACUGUCAUUUGAUGAGUUAUUAUCUGAAAAUAAUAACCACUAUUGAGACAGUAUUUUUAUGUGAAUCUGAGAAUUCAUAAAACUAUAUAAAUAUCAUUUUAUGUUUAUUUAGUUUAGUAUUUAUUUAGUAUCAGAAAGAUUGAUGUAAAAUUUUGUGAACUUUUGUAAACUUACCUUUGCUGGACCAAACCAGUGUAAAAAUAAAAUGUAUUAACUUCAGCGAAUUAAUGUGCAGGCUUUUAAGCAUCCUUAUCAGAGACACUGUAAACUAACUGAUCAGUAGCACUGUGAAAAUCAAAGGUAUUUGGGAAUUGGCCGAGUAUGAUGUAAUUGCGUUAAUCACAACUAACAAAUAUCACAAUGUUGUUGUCAACACAUGUCAGCAUAUAUACAGUAAAUGUUGUCAUGUCCGAUUUGUGUAACUGUAGAAGUAACUAUUUUUGAAGUAUCCAUUCCAAAUUGAUUUAUUUUUGGUUCUAAACUAACUGGUAAUUCUCAGCUUUGAUUUGAAGGAUACUGUUCAUUGUAUACAAGAUAUUUUUGAUAAAGCCACAUGUGCCCCCUGUGUUGUUUUAAACUGUGAGCACUUGAGGGGGCUGAGCAUUUGUUUGUUGGGUACAGGUUUAGUGAACUUUGGUUUCCUGAGUUGAGGACUGGUAUGCACUGUCAGUCCUCUGUAACUAUAAGCUAUGGACAUGGUUCAGCAACCACCAUCUGUUGUGGUGGAACACUGUGUGUCAUAGGGAAGGGAACUCUUGCUUGAUCCCCUGGAUCAUAAGAAUGGAAGAAAACUUCUAUAAAAAAAUCCUCAGCUAUGCACUGAUGAGGUGCAAAAUUCAUUUACACACAAUUCUGGGUAACCUAUUGCACCUUAGUUGUGUAAUACUUACCCUGGCAAGUGGGGCUCUGUGUGGGUGUGUGUUUACCUCCCUGCUAAUGGGACUUCUGUGAAAUCUAAAUUCCUUUCUUCUGGUCCCAGUGGUUCAGGUAAGCCAUUGGGCAGUGUAGUUCCAAAGCAACCACAUGUGGAUAGUCCACCUAAGGCACCUUGAAUGGAGGAGAAAGCAGUAAUAUAGUAACAGUCCACAUCUUGUGAUAAAUAGUAUGUUCACUGUUAUUAAACAUGCAGAAGUUGUGUUUCUAUAUCCAUAAAGCUCUACCGGACUUACAGGGCAAUUUAAAUCUGUCAAGAGGCUGCACAGUGGUGUACUUGUGGUUUGGGCACUGAAAGCUUUCCAAGUAAACAAGUUGUUACAUGCCAAACUUUUUGGUGAAUAUCCCUUCAACUGUUAGCUGAAUUGUACUAAAGAAGUUGUGACAUGCUGGGACACUAUGGAUAUUGAUAUCAAAGAACUUCAACAGGAGUGGGAAAGCGAAGUUCAGAAUUUCUCAGAAAGGGGUGUUG